UGAACAAGGUAAAACGCCAUUUUUGAAUGAUUAAACUAAAUGUACAUAGGGAUAAUGCAAUGAUUUAACUAUGCCGUGGUUUAACAUCUAUUCAGUAAUAGUUUAGUUUUCAUGGCAGUGGUGUAUUGUAUUAUUUUUCACCCGAAACGUUUAUCCGAACUACGCUUCACGUAUGACAAAUGGACUUAACCUCUAUAAUUAGGAAGUCAAUGUUUAUUGGUAAAUCGAGCUUGAUGCUGUUUGCGAGAGACGAAUUCAUUAACGAUGAUAAAUCAGUUUUAGUGUCAAUACUGAUUUUACCCAACUGAGACCACAGGCAACUAUUUAAAGUAAGCCAGGGUGUAAACCACUUGAACCGCCAGGAUGUUAAAAUCAGUGCGUCGACUAGCCGUGCUGAGCUCACACGUACAAAAUGUCAACCGGAAUAUGUGCUCAUCUGGCGCUACAGCAACGUCCGUCCGUGCGCCGACCAUGUCUGUAAAUCCGAAGUUCUGUUUGGUGGAUGAGAAGAUUAAGAUUCGUCUGACAGGACUGGCGUCCAAUCAGAUUGUGACGUUUGUUGCUGAUGUUAGAGAGAACGGAAGUGUGUUCGAGUCGCGGUGCGUGUACCGAGCAGACGACAGCGGUGUCGUGGACAACUGCACGAGCGAGUCACUAGAUGGCACUUUUAAAGGGGUUGAACAGAUGGGGCUGUUCUGGAGUCUGAAAUCCGUUGGCGCGCGGGUAGCUAUGCGUCUUGUGAAGAAGGACGUUACUCGGCCGAUGGAGUUCACGAUCCGCGUGUUCGACGGAAACCAGGCCGAAGCGCCGGAAAUCUCCUCUGACCCACUCAGUGAGACCGUGGUUCACCGGACAUUUAUGGCACCGGACGUGAAACGAUUGCCUCUUAGGGAAGGUCGCUUUAGGGGAACGGUGUUUCUGCCAAAAGGUCCAGGGCCAUUUCCGGGUCUUAUAGAUAUGUUUGGCGGACUUGUUUCCCAAGUAGAGACACGGGCUGCACUCCUGGCCUCCCAUGGCUACGCAACUCUAAGUCUCGCCUACAUGUACGCAGAAGGCCUUCCGCAGGAGGUCGCCCACGUCAACAUUGAUUACAUACGGGAAGCGUUCGAAUGGUUCUCUGGUCUGGAGUAUAUUGACGCCAGUCGACUGGGAGCCGUUGGUCUGUGUUUCGGAGGUUUCCUGUCCCUAGGUCUGACAUCCAUACUACCUCAGAUAAAAGCGGUCGUCAACAUCAACGGUACAUGUAUCACUCUCGGUGAAAACACCACAGAGCUUGAAAAUGAGUGGUUGCGCACGGACCACACGGACAAGAUAGAGGUGACUACUGAGGGUAUAGUCAUAAGAGACAUAUUUGAUAGCGACAAUGCUGUAUGCGUGCCAGCGUGGCAGCACGGGGCCAAGAUCCUGGUUGUGGUCGGCGAAGAUGAUAAGCAAGUCCAUCCCAAAUGGCACACGUACUUCCAAGACAACAUACCUGUACAGUUCAAGGACAAUUUGCAGGUUAUACGUUACCCGGACACUGGCCAUCUUAUAGAACCUCCACACAUGCCAUUCAUUCGAGCAAUAGACGCCGGCGGAAAACGCAUGCUGACCAUCAACUUCAUACCUAAACAGUUCAAAGACCAAAAACUUAUGUCAGGUGGGCACAUGGUGGCACACAGUCACGCCCAGGAAGACGCCUGGCAGAGAAUACUCGACUUUUUGCAUACACACUUGGGCCCGGGCAUGGCAGUUAAAACACCCGCAUGUUUUUGACACCCGGACAGUAGUAACAAACCGGUGUCUGGUGUCAGAGGAUUAUGUUAUUGUUCGAAUACUAUGUUAACACCAUGUUGCUGGUCUCAUACACCUGUCGAGUGUUUGUUGCAAUUGCAUGUUGGUUUUCAAGAAUAAACUACCUCUGACUGAAGAGAUUAGGGUCGAAAUAUAACUGUUAUACAUUGCGUUAUCAAAU